AUUGUUUCUCUUUCAUUAUCCGGGGAGUUAUAAAUUUAGAAUUUUCUAGUUGGUAAAUCAGUCAAUACCCACCCCUCCCUACUCAGGCCUUAAUUGUAACUUGUUUUGGCGCAAUUUAUUUAGUGUGAGAUUCAUGAUGGAAGCAAAUUGCUCUUUUCGCUCUUUAGUUGGAUCCGUUUGUGGCUUUGACCAAAGAGACAGAAAGCGGAAUACACAGAUAAUUCCUCUYACAUUGUGCACAAAAGAUGUUUCAAAGCAUUUAUCUAAUUUAAGUUUUGGAGGUCCAGAAAAUGAAAUAGAUUUGAUUUUGUGCAGAGCCGGGAUUUUCAAAUGUAGCAUUGAACGUCUAAAUUCCAUGACAAUAUGUCCAAAUCACCGUGCAGUGCUUGGUUUAAGUUGGACAAGGGGUUCUAGCACACGCUGUAGAGUUCCUGCAUGCAUUUCUAACCACGGAAAAGGAAAGGGUGCAUGGCCUAAAGGGGAUCGUGGCAUUGGAAAGAACGAGGCCAUUGAAAUACUAAACAAUACUGGGAUAUUUCUACAAGUUGGCUCAGGUAUUUGCAGAAAGUGCAGAGAAAUAUUGAAGACAAUAGAAGCUAAUUCGUCAGCGUCAGAGAAAACAUGCGAGGAAAAACAUGCAUUGAUCACUGAUAAGCAACAAUCUGAUGAGAAAACGCUGACCGAAAMAUUCGACGAAAUGUCAAUGCUGGUAAGAAAAAAUAGCAAAUUACUAUCAUAA